UGAUAAUCAUUGAAUUUUAUUGUGUUGUAGAUUCAUGUACAGAAAGAUGUACAGAUUUUACUUCCUUUUGGUUUGUUGGUCUUCAAAAAUUUCACUUUCCACCGGCAGUGACUGUUCCUGUCUGAUAAACAAAGAAUGUGUUAAAUAUGUACUUGAAAAUCCUCCAUCAUCUUAUUUAAACUGCAGUAACCUAACCCAUUUUGAGCAAUUUCACCAAAGUCGUAGAACCUGUAACAGCUCGGAGAGGUAUCAUUGUGCUUGGGAUAUACAAGAAAAAGAAUAUGGAGAAAUUUGUGCAAAGCCUAUAGCCAUUUAUCCAGGAUUUAGACCAACAAGAGAAGGUGGACUUAAUCAAGGCCACUGUAGUAUGGACCGAUAUCAACCAUUCUUCAUAGAGUCAAACCAAACCUUCCAGUGUAUAUAUCAAAAGUCAACAUGCAUUGAAGAAGGUCAAAAAGUAUAUAGCAAUGGUUCUAUAUAUGGGGACAGAUCCUGUUUCUGCGAUUUUGAGAACGGAUAUGCAUUUGUGAAUGAAACACCAAAUAAAACACAUUGUGUUUCAUCAAAAGAAGACUGCACUUGUUAUAAAAAGAUUUGUCCUGAAAAUUCCGCUUUUUUAAACACAGAAUACAUAUGUAUACAAGGAACGGUCGACAGUUUGCAGAGACCAAAAAGAAUCGUACAAAGUUUGGGAGUGCCCACAAAUGAGGUAUACAGUAAUAUCAAAAACAAUAAAGUAUAUAAUAAUAGUAACAAUGAGACUGGCGUAUACAUAGUUACAAUGAUGUUAAUCUGCGGAUUUUCUAUUGGUUUCAUCUUAUUUGUAUGUCCAGUUUUUCUUCGAUCCGACAAAAUUGUGCUAUUUCAUGAAAAUAAUGACACACAGAUUGAGUGUACAGUACGAGGACCAUCUUUUAUCUGGUCUGUGGAGUGGUUCAAAGAUGACGAAAUAGUGCCUAAAAGAAACUAUGCCACUUCUGAUGAUGAAUCGAAAAUUACAUUGUUUAUAAAAGAUGCACUUAAAAAAGACGAAGGCGUCUAUAAAUGUUUAGUUAAAAAUCGUUUCAGGAUUCCCAGUGAAACAAGUGUGAAUUUUAGGAUGUUACCUUCACCCACUGUUUUAGACGAAUGGAAAACAAAAGAUUCCAAGAUAGUAGAAACAAACGCGAUGGCAAAAGUGAGGGAUAUUUUGCAAUCGUCAAACUGUGUGACAGUAGUAGGUCGAUCGGGUAGUGGGAAGUCAACGGUAUUGCGCCAUAUUGCACUAGCAAUGCACACCGAGAAAGAAAAUUAUGAUGUAUAUCCUUCAAUUUCUCCUGAGGACUUCAGGCAACAUUUUGACAGUUCGAAAAAGCAAGUUUUUGUUUUUGACGACGUAUUUGGAAAAUAUAAUAUUGAUUUGCGUGCAGUAGAUGAAUGGGGUUCUUUUAUGACCGAUAUGAAAUCUUAUCUUGAUCAUGUAAAUUUGAGAAUGAUGUUUUCUUGUAGAUCGCAUAUAACAAGCCAUCCCCAUUUCAGAAAACUAAAACUUAUUUCUUCAGUUUCUUGUAAUAUACAUGACUUUCCGCUCAGUCCGGGAGAACGAGAAGAAAUAGCCAGUAAAUAUCUCCAACAUAAAGAUGUCAAAAUAAUCACGGGAAUCGAGCCAGGUAAAUUACAACACAUAGACAUUUUUCCACUUUUGUGCGAAUCACUUAGCAAGUUGCCACAAAUGGAUGAACCUGUUAAAGUUGAUGAAUUUUUCAAAACACCAUUUGAAGUACUUUCGAAGGUAUUUCAACAAAUAAAAUCAUAUAAGAAAGAAAUAUAUGCUCUUAUGUCACUUUUCCUAGUAUGCAAUAAUGCGUUAGAAAAACGGAUAUUUGGAACAAAACCUUUUAAGGAUAAGUGUAGAAUAAUUGCUCAUUAUUGUGAGAUUCCAAAUUUUUCAGAGAAAGACAUCAGGUCCCUUUUCAUUAAACUACAGAAGUAUUUCACAAAAGAAUCUGGGAACAAAUAUAAGAUAUUUCACGAUAAAAUAUUUGAUGCCGUUGUAUCCUUUUACGGCGAAGAUCUCUUUGGAGUAAUAUUGGAUAUAGCACAUAGUGAUAUUAUUCGAGACAGGUUUCAUCUAAAGUCCCUAAAGGAAAAAUGUGAAAUCAAUUUUGCUAUAGAGGUACCAAUAGAAAAAGAGGAACAGUAUUUCAAAAGAUUAUUUGUAGAUACAAAUAGGGAAAUAUUUAACAAUGACAUUACAUUCACUGCUUUUGCAAACAGACAGCUACAGUAUAAAACAUAUCGAGAUAAAUUUAUUAAGUAUUGCACUGAAAAUGAAGAAUUAAAGAAACAUAUAUUACUUCUCUCAUUCAAAGCAACAUCACCGCUGCUUGAAAUUGCAAGUCAGGGCUAUGAUGACAUAUUAAACAUGUUGAUAAAUAUGCAUUUAGAUGUCAAUGUGUUUGACGAAAGGGGAGACACGCCACUUCACAAGGCAGCAACUUUCGGUAAUAUUGGAUCAUUAGAUUUACUUUUAAAUAACGGGGCAGAUCCACAUCGGCUUAAUAAAAGUGCACAAUCGCCUUUGUUUAAGGCAGUGGAGAGGGGUUGCACAAAGGUUGCCAGAAAGCUGCUCGAAAAGAACGUUGAAGUUAAUUUAAAGAACAGUACUGGGGAGACUCCCCUGUAUGUAGCUGCUAGAGAGGGACAUACCAGUAUGACUAAAUUGCUUUUGCAAAAUAAACGAAAUAAAGCAAACCCCAAGAUAUUUGAUGAAUACAUCGGAUCCCCUUUGCAUAUUUCUUCAAAAGAAAACUUUACUGACAUCAUGAAGUUAUUAUUAGAGGAAGGUGCCGAUCCAAAUUUGAGCACAAAUCAUAUAGAAUCACCAUUAUAUAUUGCAUCACUAAAUGGUAAAACAGAAGCAGUGAAACUCUUAAUUGAGAAAACAGCUGAUUUAAAUAAGUGUGGAAAAGAUGGAAGAUCGCCACUUUGUAAAGCUGCAUGGCAUGGCUAUAAGGAAGCCGUAGAAAUAUUGUUGAAAAAUGAUGCAAGUCCAAACAAAAUUAGCGAAUACGAUGAGUCUCCACUUUACAAAGCAGCACGAUGUGGUCAUUUAGAGAUUGUAAAAAUGUUGCUCGAGAAAGGAGCUAAGGUAGAUCAAGCAUGUAAAGAUGGAAGAACUCCCCUUUAUAAAGCAGCAUGGAAAAACAAGUAUGAGGUGGUAGAGGUAUUAUUAUCUAAUAAUGCCAAUCCAAAUUUAUGGAGUAUAUACUUCGGCACACCAUUAUACAGGGCAGCUAAGGAACAUCAUUUGGAGACAAUAGAAUUGCUUCUGAAAAACACAAAUACCUGUGUUAACUUCAAAAGCAAAGAUGGUGAGACGGCUCUAUUUGCAGCAGCAAAAUUUGGAUAUCGAGACGUAAUAAACAUGUUAGUUGCCAAAGGAGCUGACAUGAAUAUAGCAAACGAUGAUGGCAAAACGCCGAUUGAAGCUGCACGCGAAAUGGAACAUUUAAAAACAGUAGAGUUAUUGAAGCAAAAAUUACAAACAGUUAAUACACCUACUCAAUGAAAUUACUGUAUUUAAGAUAUUCAAAAUUGUCUUCUUUUGAUUUACAAUUGAAAUGUAUAAAAUUUUGUUAAUGCUAAUGGUAAUUAUUCCUUUAAUAUACCUUGAGCAUGAUCAACAUGACCGAUAUUGUUUUAUUUUAACUAGUAUUAAGACAUAUAUCAGUUUCUGGAUAAAAGGAGCAAAGAAAAGCAAGUGGUAUUUAGGUUAUUUUGGUAUGAUUUAUGUUGUUCAGUCUUCAUGUUGUUAUGGAGUGUGUCGUUGACUGUUGGUCUUCCUUCGUUGUUUGCAAUGGUGAAUGGUGAUGUCAGUUCUCUUCGAAAUAUGAAUUAUGAAUAUUUCCUUUGCAUCUUCCGCCUUUUCUUAAUUGAAA